AUGUCCCUUGAAUCCAACGACAGUCAGUAUGACAGCAUACAAACCUUAAACGAACUGGAACUCACCAACGACUUUGUCAGAAGGCAUAUCGGACCCGGACCUGUACAGGUUCAACAAAUGCUGAAGGAGCUCGGAGUUGAUUCUCUGGACGAGUUGAUUGAUCAAACAGUUCCAAAGAAACUCCAAUCCAACAAAUCUCUGCAUCUACCGUUUCCGGCUGGAGAAAACGAGACUAUCAGCUACAUUCGCCGUAUGCGCGAAAGAAAUCAUGUUUUCACCUCAAUGAUUGGCAUGGGAUACCAUGCAACCGUUCUCCCGGGCGUAAUUCGAAGAAAUAUUCUUGAAGAUCCAGGUUGGUACACCGCCUACACGCCAUACCAGGCUGAGGUGAGUCAAGGCAGACUGGAAGCACUGCUUGUUUUCCAGGAGAUCGUAACCGAUCUAACCGGAAUGGAGAUCGCCAAUGCAUCUUUGCUUGACGAAGCAACUGCCGCGGCCGAAGCUAUGGCAAUGUCAAGACGAAUUUCCAAAACUAAGUCGCAGAAAUUCCUGGUUUCUGGCGACUGCCAUCCGCAGACAAUUGCUGUUGUCGAAACACGUGCAAACUCAUUGAAUUUCGAAGUCAUCGUUGGAGACAUCGAAUCACUAGCGAAAUCCGAAGAAGAAUAUUUUGGCAUUCUGUUUCAAUAUCCAGGUUCGACCGGGCGAGUAUUUGACAUAACCCGUGUGGUAGAACUGGCACAUGAGCGAAAAGCCAUUGUGACUGUCGCCUCGGAUUUGCUGGCGUUGUGCCUGUUUAAACCACCGGGUGAAUUUGGCGCAGAUAUCGUAGUCGGAAACACUCAGCGCUUCGGCGUGCCUAUGGCCUAUGGAGGCCCCCACGCUGCCUACUUGGCCACGCGUCAUGACUACAGACGAACGCUUCCAGGAAGACUGAUUGGCGUUUCAGUGGACAGCCGCGGUAAAACAGCACUUCGAAUGGCACUACAGACACGUGAACAGCACAUCCGACGUGACAAAGCAACCAGCAACAUAUGCACUGCACAGGUUCUGCUCGCAAUAGUCGCCGCCUUUUACGCGGUCUACCAUGGUCCCGAAGGAUUGAAGGACAUCGCGUCCAAAAUCCACCGAUUCACGCUUAUCACUGCGGAGGGAUUGCGCCAACUAGGUUACAAAGUCAUACACGAUGUGGUUUUCGACACCUUAAUGGUCAAUGCUCAUGGACAAGCGCGCAGAAUUGCUGCUAGGGCGCGCGAAUCAAGAAUUAAUUUGCGAGUCAUCGAUGCUGACCACAUCGGCAUUACACUGGAUGAAACCACCAAACGAGUACAUCUCGAAAGACUGUGGGCAAUUUUCGAUACCCGUGCGAAUACAAAAAUUACUAUUGACCAGUUGGAUGCUGUCGUCAAAGACGUCAUACCGGAAAAUUUGAGUCGAACAAGUCCCUAUCUGACACAUCCCACUUUCAGUCUAUAUCAAUCAGAAACCCUGAUGUUGCGAUACAUUCGGCAACUCGGACAAAAAGACAUCGCAUUGAACCGAUCGAUGAUUCCGCUGGGCUCAUGCACCAUGAAACUGAAUUCAACGACUGAAAUGACGCCGGUUACAUUUCACAAAUUCAGCGCCAUUCAUCCAUUCGCGCCAUUGGAUCAAACGCAAGGCUACCAUCAACUGGUAGAAGAACUGGAAACGAUGCUAUGUGAAAUUACCGGAUUCGAUGCGAUUUCUUUUCAGCCAAAUGCGGGCUCCCAAGGAGAAUAUACCGGAUUGCUUUGCAUCAAGAAAUACCUUCAGCAGCAAGGCGAAGGUCAUCGCAACGUCUGCCUUAUUCCCGAAUCUGCGCACGGCACCAAUCCUGCCAGUGCAGUUUUGGCCGGUUUGCGCGUAGCCGUCGUGAAGUGCGACAAAAUGGGCAACGUCGACGUGUCGAUCUCAAAACAAAGCUAG